AUGAUUAGUCUUUUCCUUGAUAUUCUUGUAUUUCAUUCAUAUUUAGAUGAAACUCUUUUAUUUCAUAUAUUUAAAAAUCAAAUUUUAUCACUUGUUAUUCACGUGAAUCAAAAUGGUUAUAGAAGUGACAAAGAAGAAAUGAAUACAUUUAUAUUUACACAUAUCAUUACUAUGUUUAUCAAUUUAAAAUAUUUAAAUUUUGCUCCAUCUUCAAUUUCAUAUCAAGAAUUAUCAUUUUAUUAUUCACCUCCACAUAUUUUCUCGUCAAAUCUGUUAGAAUUGCAUGUCAGUUUGGGGAAUUACACUGAUUGUCUUUAUUUACUUGAUGGACGUUUCCAUCAACUUCAUACACUUCAUGUGAAUAUUGCUACCUUUAGUUCACAUUUAGAAAUUGAUAAUAGAGCAGCAGAAGGUCAAUGUCUUAUUUAUUCAUCUCCAUAUACAUUGAAAGAAUACAAUAUGAUAACCAAUAAUUUUCAAGGUGGAUUAUUUGAAUGUGUUCGUGAAAUAUCCUUAUUUGAUGAACAACCUUUUGAACAUGAAUUUUUUCUUCUUAUUGCUCAAUCAUUUCUAUUGAUCAAAAAAUUAACUUUAAAUAAUCAAAAACCACGAAAGAAUAAACAAUACACAAAAUCAAAAGAUGAUGAACAAGAUUUCUCAAUCAUUAAAUAUUCUCAUCUUAUUUAUCUUAAUCUAUAUGAAGCUCAUGAGGAUUAUAUCGAACUAUUCUUAGAUCAUACUAAAACAUAUUUACCAAGCAAUAUGGAUCUUGCUAUCGAUUAUGAACUACUAAAAAAAGCUACAC